AUGUGCGACGGACCCGCCGACAUACUAUUAAAAUAUGGUCCGAACUCCGAAGCGGACAAAAUGACGGUGUUGAAUUUUGAGAGUGAAAUUAGACAAGUUAUGGAUCAAGACAAGACAGAAAGCAGUUCGAAUACUUCGAAUCCCGGAAAGAGGACACGACCUUUGCUACUGCAACCAAGUCCAAAGAUUGCUAGAAUAUCAGCGUACGCAAGUUCAACCUCUAGUGGGGUGUUGAAGAACUCUAAAAAGUUUGGCCCUCAUUCUCCUAAAAGGGCUAAAGUAUCUUAUAACAAAAGUGAUGUGCCAGCUCCAGGUACUCCAGUACCUGACAAAUAUGUUCGUAAGGCUGGGCCUUACCUGCUGGGGCCUAAAGUUGGCCCCAGUCCUGUUAAAAGCAUAGUGCAGUGUUUAGCAAGGAAAGAGAGAACAGAUGAGUUUUAUCAGGUGAAGAUCUUAACCUUACGAAAUGAAGGUCAGCCUGAAACACAAGAUGACAGGCAAGGCAAGAUGCUGUUGCAUACAGAGUAUUCCUUACUGUCGUUACUAAAGGACCAGGACGGUGUCAUCCAUCAUCACGGGUUGUUCAAGGACCACGCGCUAGAAGAAGUACCAAAUCCUAAUGGCAACGGGUACAUCUACACUGGCCGUGUCCGCCAACGACUGUUCCUCGUGUUGGACUGCGUCAGUCAACACCAAUUCAGUGAGAAAGGCUCCGAGCUAGUCAACCUACAGCAAUAUGUCACUAAAGUCAAGAAAGUUCCUGAAAAAGAAGCGAUAUUAAUAUUCUAUGAUAUUGUGAGAGUCGUCGCUAAUUUGCAUAAGAGGAACAUAGUGCAUCGAGACUUAAAGUUGGGUAAUAUAGUGCUGAACCAACGGACGGGACGUAUUACAAUCACUAACUUUUGUUUGGGUACCCACCUGGGCAGUGACCGUGAUCUCUUGAAGGAUCAGCGAGGAUCUCCAGCCUACAUAUCACCCGACGUCCUCCUAUGUAAGCCGUACUUAGGCAAGCCCUCGGACAUGUGGGCGUUAGGAGUCGUCCUAUAUACGAUGCUGUACGGCCAGUUCCCAUUCUGCGAUACCAGUCUUGCUCAGCUCUUUAGCCGGAUACAGGCUGCCAAUUAUAAUAUACCACCGGAUGGAAACACGGUGCAAGUCUCCGACAACACUAUUUUCCUAAUACAACGGUUGCUGGUUAAAGAUCCGAAGCACAGAUUGGUAGCGGAUGAGGUAUUAGACCAACUUUCAAGUAUAAUAGCGAGUUACGUGAUAGUUCCAAACCCACCAGAAGAUUUACAAGUUGUUCCAGACGUACCAUUAGAAGAGGAGAAACAAGUGAAGUCUCCUACGACCGCGCAAUCUUCUACUGAAGUCGAUAGGAAGCCGUUCUUGACUAUACCUGAGAGUAAUGGGGAAAGGACGCCUAAUGCUACGGAGGAACUGGGAGUAUUCUGCGUACCGUUACCGGACUUCAUAGCAGUAAACUUCUCAAAUUCCACUCGAGUGAACCAGAACAGCCUCAUACUUCAACCGACAAGCGCUCCAGUCGAUCCAUCCGCUCUCGCAGCACUGAACCAACCACGAAACAUCACCGUCCAGCGAAUCGGUAGGGACGCCAGACCUCUUCUACCAGCAGAAAUAGCCAGGUACCAACAUAUGUUUGCCUCUAACCCUGCACAAAGGCCAGAACCACCCCGUCGACCAGACGUACCAAACUUUGUACCAGAUUCUUCAAGGCAGGAACGGCCAACUUCCAGACUUCAGUCCCUUGCUCAACGCAUUCCGAGGCUCAUUCCUCCUAUUGCAACCACCUCAGGACAGACCUCAGCUGAUUUCAGGGUCAUACAAUGGCCAGAACCUCGUCCCAGAGGAUGGGACAAUGACUACAUACUCCGUCUACCUGUUCUAGAUCUUUCUAGAGUAAAUGGCAAUAGAAUAAUGAAUCCUGCACCCGUUCAUACGAUCAAUCCUGAAGCUGUGGUCAAUAAUCCUAGGCCUAACCCAAUGGAUCCAUCUGAUGCUGAUUAAUUGUUGCCAGGUACAAAAAAACAAUAGUUUUGUAUGAGGUAACUUUAAAGUAGAUGCUGACUCUUAAUUUAAAUUUAUUUUUGCCCUAAUAUUGGAAUGGUAUUCAACUUGGUAAUGAAAUUGGACCAUGUAAUGUUUUAAUUAUUCUUCUCCAUGAACUUUAUUAAAACUGCGAGACAAUCCAUAUAUAUCGACACUAUUAAAACUGCGAGACAAACUGACAGACCGACUAUUCUGACUUUUGACUGUAAUGGAGUAGCAUUUCAGUAUUAGGGCAUCCAGAUUUAGGUUCUGUAUACUAAAUUGGAGACAAAAUGUGUUAAAACCUCUUUUAAUAAAAAAGUAUUUUAUCUGGAGCUAUGAUAGUUGUUGAAUGAAAGAUUAAUUGAUACUAAAAAUGGUAGUGAAUAUGUAAUAUUGGUAGAUUUUUUAAUUAAUACCCUUGUAGAUAUAGUUACAUAUUAGAUAUGUGUGAGAGUAGGAGCGGUAAAUAUAAGAGUAGAAGAAUGGAGGAGCCAGGGAACAAAGAAGGAAUAAGAGUUAGGAAAUGAAAGGAGAAUUAGGACAUUGAAGGAUUGGUAUCCAAGAGAGCACUGAUAGUCGUAAUUAAAAGGCGAUGGGAUGCACGUAAAGCCAUCAGUCCUAAUCUUGAUCUCUUUCUGGUUGUGUCGGGUUGCCGUCCCAUCGCACUAUGAGAUUGAGGGAACAAAGAGUGCAUUUGUGUUUUCACACACUUGUGCACCAUAAUCUGCGUAAUUGGUAACAUCUCAAGCUGUCUCAAACUGAUAGAUCAUUUUAGACUUUAUAACAGAACAAUAAGGUUGAAAUUUUAAAAAGAUCUUAGAUAUUCUGUUCCAAAUUGAUCAGGAGACAUUUUAUUAUUUUUAUUGCAAGUUUAACGUAAAAACUAAACACUUUUUUCCCGGGGGAAAAUCAUCGAAUGACUUCUCCCGCCCCGGUGAGGUGACAGGGAGUGUCAGACUCUUACUGACUAAAAACCACCCCGUUCCCACUCCUGCUUUGAGUUGGAGUCUCGCGCUAGCACUGGUUUUCACUUAGCAUCCCACCCUAAAAAUAAAACCUGUUAGUUUGAGGUCACUUGACACCUAUGUCUGUCCCACAUUUUGUCUCCAAUUUUGUACAAAUAUAUUAUAUAUAAUUGUAUCUAAAUAACUAGGUUCCCAAAUAUUCUUAAACGUCUGAAUUAAUGUAGUUAUCGUAUGUUUAAUAGAAACAAAUUGAUUUCAAGUAUGUGGAGGGAAUUGCUUAUAACUAUAAGUUUAUUUUUUAUUAAUUAUUAUUAUUAUAAUCUUUUUAAGUCUGAUACGUUUUGUUAAGUACUGUUUUAAUUUAAGUGAUUUAUAUUUUAUUGUUUAUCUUUUUAUGCGUCUAGAGUCUAGACGAGUGCUUAUCUAUUACGUGAUUACUUUACUUAAUAAAAAUGUUGAUAAAAGUGGGUUUUCCAAAUUAUUUUUAUACCACUGAGGUGGGAAACGCGAUUUCGAUUUUUGUUAACGAAACGUAAAAAAAUUAAAGCAUUUUUUUUUAUUUAUUGCAAUUUAAGUUUGCCGUGUCAACUAGUGACACGGCAAACUUCGUACCUUCUAAAAUUUUUUUGUGUUGUUUAAAAGGUACCACGAACAUUUCGAGACCAAUAUUAGCCAAAUGAGUUCAUCUGUUCUCGAGAUUUGGUGAGACGAAUGGAAAUUCAUUUUUGUUUAUAUAGAUAUUCAUUAAAACUAAUGUUCGUUAAAUGGUUUUCGCUUUCAAUAGAUAAGCACUUGUCUAGCAGCGGCGUAACUAUUGUAAUGGCAAUGCAUAGCAGGCCUUUAAAAUGAAACAACAAGGUAUGUUCUCCAUCUGGACGCGGUCAGUGAUGUUUGUCCUUUGUCUUUAGCAUCCAAUCUGCACUAGCGCGGUUUUAUAAACUCGUCUUCUUAGCCGUUCCAUAGCCGUUCUUUGUUUUAUUCCUCUUGGCGCUGACAACCACUAAGUUGGUUUGUAUUGUCCACGUUGUCAUCACUGCCUCGAUGGCCGAGUGGUCGCAAGUGCGACUGCCGGGCAAGGGGUCUCGGGUUUCAUUCACGGGUCGGGCAAAGUAUCACUGGGUUUUAAAAAAAAUCUCAGUAGUAGCACGGAGUCUGAAAAUGUGCCCUGUAUAUGGCAAUAAGCUCACCCCCUAUUACAUGGGACUCAACAUAAAUAGUGAAAAGUGGGUGUUACUUCUGUGUGCACCUCUGCCUACCCCUUCGGGGAUAAAAGGCGUAAUGUUGUGUGUGUGUUGUCAUCACUUUCGCACCCAGUAGUAAUGCCAUUAAUAUUUAAACACCAUGUUCUUAAUUUCCCUAUGUUUCAAAUAAUAAUGGGAUUUUCUAGAUUGUUCGACUUUAAAGAGUUGAUGUGAUUCAUUUUGGUUUAAUUCUUUUAGAAAUAACUAUUCGGAUUUGAAUAACCAAUUAAUACUUAGUAGGUAUUUUGUGUUGAAUCCCGUUUUAUGUCUAUAAAUCGGCUAUCGAGUUUUAUGUUAAUGUGUAAUUGAUUGAUUCUAAUAACCGAUGAUGCUUUAGUGAAGUUUAGUGCGUCGAGCGUUCACUGAUGAUACGCUCGACGCAUUUCCCGUCACAUGUGAAAGGUCCAUAUGUCCAAUCAGUAAUGCAUAACAUGAGAUUUGAUCACUGAUUUAAGGUACGAAUAGACUACGACACAAAUUGUGACAUAAAUGUCUGACAUUAAUUCCUUUUCACACUUAUACGUAUGAUAAGAGUUAUACGGCGACUGAUGCGAAACUAGUUGUGGUGUCACAAUAAGUUUUCCUAUUACAGACACUCGAUGUUCAUACAGAGACAUUCGAUGUUUAAAUGUGGGAGAGCCAUGACUAGGCAAGAAUGGGCCGGCUCGACCGAAGCGAUACCACGGCCUCACAGAAAACUGACGUAAAACAACGCUUGCGUUGAGUUUUGUCAUGUGAGUGAGGUUACUGGAGGCCAAUUACCACCGCCUUCCCCAGUCUCCCCAAUCCCCAAAAUCCUCAAAUUCCCAUUUCCCAAAAGGCUGGUAACGCACUUUUAACACCUCUGGUGUUUCAAGUGAUCAGACUGCCUAUUUACCAACUUAUCCCAUAAAAAAUACAUUGAGUGUAUAGUGUCGUAGUCUCUUCGUACCUUUAUAGAGUCACGUCGAUCUACCCUAAUUUAUCAAUUAUUUUCAACCUUAUAACAAUACAAUAAAGUUGAAAAAAAUUGGUACAUUGGAGUAGGUUGGCAGAAUUCGGGGUUAAUACAUUUAUUUAAUAGCGUUUUCAAUGUGCAAGCAGUAUAAGUUACCUUUAAAUGGUUUUUUAGCUGCAAGUAAGAUUAUUAGAUUUUUAUUCGUAAAUUCGGUCACAGAUAUUAUGGUUAUUACAGGCACACAUGAACAUGAAGUUACUUAAUUUUGAAUUUUAUUUCAAACUUCAUAUGGUUGGAAAUUGUAAUACAUGCUAUAGCAAAAAAAAUAUAUUUCUUCGUUCGCUUGUGACGUCACCAGUUCACCACUACUUGCACAAUGAAAACGUAAAAUAACAUUUAUAAUUUUAUACAUUAAGCGUUCGGGUACUCGAUUUUACUUACUAUAAGUAGAUAUUUUAUAACAUCAGACAAUGCAAUUAUUUUUUCUAUUAAAAAUAGUUUCAAACAAUUUAUUACUUAAUUUUUAUCGUCCAUUUUAAUUAUGUUCUUAUUAUGUGAUGUAAAUUAAUAUUUUCGUAGUAAAAGUAUAUAUCGGAAAUGUUAGAAAAAAAGUGAUUUAGGUGCCAACCUGUAGUUAGGUUUUUAAAUUGUAACUGGCGGUUUUAUCUUAAGUAUAAUUAUAAUAUGACUUAAAAACGGACCUAAGUAAACAUAGAAAUUUUAUACCCUCAAGAGACUUAAUUUAAUUUUCAAAUUUUAAUGGGAUCAAAGUAAAAUACUUGUAGCGUUUUUGUUUGUCUUCAAAUUUUUAUGUGUGAAUCCGUACAAAACUGCCACUAAAAUAUUAGCCGUAUGAUAAAUUGAAUCUGCACGUUCUGAUGCCCGAUUGCAGAUAAUUUAAGUUUAUUUAUAAUAACUAUUGUGAGACAUACUAAAUUAACUAAAAUUACGAGUUACUCACGUAAGUGUACUGAGAAAACCUCUACUAGUUUCGAGUCACAGGGGGACUCUUCCUCAUGAGCUAUGUGCGCGGUCGCGGCGAUGUACCUCUUUGGCUCGAAACUUGUAGAGCUUUUCUCACUGCAUUUACGUGAGUAACGCGUAAUUUUUAGUAAAAUUAGAUAAUUUAAGCAUAGAAUUUAGUAUGUAUGCUCCUUUUAUAUGUUAUUGCUAGUAAUAUCCUUACUUGUCUAUCUAUGUAUCUACAUAUUCAUUUUUAGGGCUGAUUUUUCAAUCAACGGAUAUUUUUAUUUGUAGAAUAAAAUUGACAUUGACUGACUGACAGUCUUUGCAUGUUGUCAAAUUUGAAAAACAAUCCCUCGAAUAAAAUUAUCUGGGCGUUGGAAAAAUCAACCCUUUAUUUAUAAUAUCUCAAAUAGUCACUAUGUUUAUCUAGUAGGAUAUACAAAACGCAUGUUAACCUCACCUUUAAAAUAAUAUAAUACAUAACUGGCAAAUGUACCAUUUACGUUAGGUAUAAUAUUUAUUACAACACUGCAAUCGGGUAGAAAAUGUAAAUAGGCUUUAAAUGUCGUUGCUCAAUUUCAGCCUUUGAUAAAUUUUGUAACACGCCAUCUAUCGGUCGACACGGUAGUUGGUAUUUUAUAUUUCUGAUAACAGAUGUCGCUACUUGUGUAUGACAAAUAAUUUGUAUUCUAUAGCGCAUGUUUAUAUAAAGUAGAAUUGUAUUGAAUCGGUAUAAUUUAAAGGUAUUAUAAGUAGAACAAUUUUUGUUAUUUGUUAGUUGCAUGCUGAUGGUAUGUAAGCUAAUAAAAUGAAUUUAAAAAUGUA